AUGGCAGAGGGGCAAGAGGUGAAGCUGUUGGGUUCAUGGGUCAGCCCAUUUGUCUAUAGAGUAAAAUGGGCUCUCAACCUCAAAAACAUCCAAUAUGAAUACUUAGAACAAGAUCUCGUCAACAAGAGCAAUCUCCUCCUCACUUGCAACCCUGUCUUUAAAAGAGUCCCAGUCCUCAUUCACAACGAUAAGAUUAUCUGUGAGUCCAUUGUCAUCAUGGAGUACCUCGACGAGGUUUGGAAAAACAACCCUAUUUUGCCUGAGGACCCUUAUGAGAUUGCCAUGGUUCGUUUUUGGACUAAGUUUAUUGAAGAAAAGAUGAAAACUACUUCAAUAUUCACUCAUCAUUUGUGUGCUAUGAAAUAA